CGCAGACCCCGCCAUUGUGAUAUCACCGGACGGAUACAAUGAAGCGCCCAGGGCGCUUAGCAACAACAGCCUGCGGGGGCGUGGCUUUGGCGCAACCACCAACUGUUGCCCAAGGUGGGGAGGCGAGCUGGUUCAGGAGCGAGGAGCGGGAGGCUGUGCGGUUUUCUCCGGCGCUGCGGCUCAGCCUCUUUGCUCUCUGGGUGGCUGUGGAGGGGGAACGCGGACGGGAGCGUCGCCUCGCUGCUGAGCCAGGGCACUGAAGUCCCAGAGAGUGGCUAUCUGGACCGUGAAAGCGCCUUCAGUGAGUCAGAUCUGUUUCCUGAUGAAGACACCAUGACCCUGGCCCAGCAGGAAGUCCACCAUGAGUCUGAUAUGGACAGUGCAAUUGAAAGUAACCACAGCUCAGAAGAAACAUCAGUUGUGUGCAAGGUUGAGAAGGAUGGUGGAUUGAAUGGCCUCUUCCUGCCUGGAGAUAAAUCAAAUCUGCUGAAUCCUUCUGCAUCUUCUGAUCUUUCCACCUAUUCCACUGCCUCCCUGAUCAGUAAUGAAGAACAGUUUGAAGACUAUGGAGAAGGCGAUGAUGUAGACUUCACCCCCAGCAGUCCUUGUCUUGAUGAUGAAAGCAGGACACAUGCGUAUUCUGACCUUGGCUCAUCGGUUUCUUCCAGUGCUGGUCAGACCCCACGGAAAAUGAGGCAUAUCUAUAACAGUGAACUCUUAGAUGUCUACUGCACACAGUGCUGCAAGAAAAUCAACCUACUUAAUGAUUUGGAAGCCAGGCUGAAAAACCUAAAAGCCAACAGCCCAAACAGAAAGAUCUCUAGUACGGCUUUUGGGAGGCAGCUUUUCCACAACAGCAAUUUCAGCAGUAGUAACGGCAGCACAGAGGACUUGUUCAGAGACAGCCUAGAUUCGUGUGACCAGGAUAUCACAGAAAAGGUGACCUACUUAGAAAAAAAAGUGACAGAGCUGGAGAAUGAUACUGUAACAAAUGGUGACCUGAAGAGCAAAUUGAAACAGGAGAAUACACAGCUAGUUCACAGAGUGCAUGAGUUAGAAGAACUGCUGAAAGACCAGGAGACGUCAGCUCAGCAGACCUUGGAAGAAGAGAUCAAGAGGCACAGAGAAGCCUACAGCAAAUACGAGAAGGAGAAGAGCACUGAGAUUGAGCUGCUCAACACACGGGUUCAGCAACUGGAAGAGGAAAACUGCGAGCUCAAAACCACUGUCCUGCGACUGAAAUCACAAACUGAGAAGCUGGAUGAGGAGAGGCAGAGAAUGUCUGACAGAUUAGAAGAUACCAGUCUGCGGCUGAAGGAUGAAAUGGAUUUGUAUAAAAGGAUGAUGGACAAAUUGAGGCAGAACAGGUUGGAAUUUAACAAGGAGAGAGAAGCUACUCAGGAGCUUAUUGAAGAUCUGAGAAAGGAGCUGGAACACCUUCAGUUGUAUAAACUUGAGUGUGAGCGGCCCGGUCGAGGAAGAAGUUCUUCCAGCUUGAGUGAAUUCAAUGCCAAGACUAGAGAAGUGGAAAUGGAACAUGAAAUUAAGCGUCUAAAACAGGAGAAUCAGAAGCUUCAUGACCAGAAUGAUGACCUCAAUGGGCAGAUCCUUAGCUUAAGCCUUUAUGAAGCUAAGAACCUUUUUGCAACGCAGACAAAAGCCCAAUCGCUGGCAGCUGAAAUUGACUCUGCCUCCAGGGACGAGCUCAUGGAAGCCCUUAAAGAACAGGAGGAGAUCAAUUACAGAUUGCGCCAGUAUAUGGACAAGAUCAUCCUGGCUAUCCUAGACCACAAUCCAUCCAUCCUGGAAAUAAAAAAUUGAAGAUCGGGGCAGGAAGGGAGGUGGGAAGAUAGGAUACCUUUGGAUCCAAGUAUCACUGUUUGCUACUGUACAUGAACUUAUAAAUAUAUACAUAUAUAUAACUCUCUCAGUAUACACACACACCACACACACAUUAUAUAUAGAUAUAUAAAUAGAAAAAAAAACUUGUGUGGAUACACAGGGCGUGUUUAUAUCAGGUUUGGUAUAUUUUGUGAAUCAUAAUUUGCAUUGAUCCAUUUUUCAUGCACUUUCUCUGGAGGGAUGUUAGGGAUUAUAAUGAAAUAACCAUGUAACUGGAUUUGCACUGUUUUAGAUACUGGACAGAAAAAAAAAGAUACUACCUCUAGAUGAAAAGAUAAAACACGAUGGAAACAAACUUGUGCCAGUCCUUAUCCUACCCCACAAACAAUGCUGAGUUUUUAUGUCUUAUGAAUAACCCUCCUGUCAUCAUCUCAGAAAUGUCUUGUAUUAUCAGGUUGAAUUCUUACUGGUGCUGGCUGUGUUGUUUAACUUUUGCCCGAGUUAUGCUUCUGAAGUCCUCUCCUUAGAACAGAGUGUAUGUGUGAUACAAAGUGGGUAUUCCAGCAAAUUAUUAGUUUCUGUCUGAAUCUGGACUGGUUUCAUCAGAAAGCAGUUUCUAAAUCUUGAACCCAAGUCACUAUGAAUCCUUUGGGAUGGUGACCAGUCUGCUGUAUUCCAUGGGCCUCUGAGGUGCCCAAGAAAACAGUGGGUCAGGGGGUUCAGUGUUUUCUUGAACUUCAACUGCCAGACUACUUUGGAAGUACAUUUUCAAGGCUGAGCUUUCUCACAAGGUCACCAAGGACCCAGUGGUGGGAGAAUAGUAACUGCCCCAGGUCAUAAAUGAGGGGUGCUUUUGGGCUACCAAACAGUCCCAGCACUGCUUCAGCCUCAGCAACAACAGCAUUAAAAAGUGGUGGUUGCAGAAAGCUGUUUGGCUCCCCACUAAGGGUUGGUUCAUUGUUCAUUGAUAAGAACUCUGCUGCCACCAUAACAAAUAGAAAUCAAUGAUUUUUAAAUCAUUUCGUUUUACGCUGCUUCAUGUCAGCAUUGAGAAAAGCAUCUUCUGCUAAUAGAGCAGUUAAGAAGUGGAGAAAGAUUUUUUAGAGACCUGUGGGUGAAACUGAUCCUAUUCUUACUGGCAGGCAACACUUUACAUGGUUCUCUUACAGUUUAAGGGAAAAGGUGCUUAUUUAUACACACUAAUAUUUAUUUGAUGCAAUUCUGGAGUUCACUGUUUGAUGAGUCACUGAAAACUUCUGCCUAAUUCACUGUGGGUGGUAAGUGUGGAAAAGCCAGAAAUGACUGUCCACUAAGCCACACAGCUCCCUGCAGCUAUAGGAAAAUACCACCUCACUUGGUGCCACCAAUAAAUAUUCUCAGACUCAUUCAGGCUUUUCAUGUGUCUUCCCCUGCUAUCAUCACUGUCACCAUCAGCACCUCCUGCUUCCUUUUUCUUUCCAACUUUGGUGCUGUAACAUCAGCAUUCAUUCAUUUUCAGAGCAAAUCCUUGUGAGAUUUUGUACAUCACCACCCAAGCAUACUGUAGGGAAAUCUGUAAAGUUGAGUGAUGGCUUGUGCAGGGACCAUGGGGAAAAUGAAUUUUGUCUUUUCAGUUAAAGAUUUCUCCAUUCCUGCAUGGGAUGUGUUCUGGUGAAAAAAUAGCAUAAAAGCCUAUAUGUGCAUUGCAUGCAACAAUUCAGGUGCAUAGGUAUGUGCAGUCAAAUGCAUACAAGAGAGGAAGACUAUGUUACUAUAUAAUGACCUGCAUGCAGGCUUUGUGGUCUUCGUACAUCAAAGGUAGGCAACAAGAUAUCCUCCCUGGAUAUUUGCAUUGCAGUUCCCAUAAGCCCUGAUCAGUGUAGCUGGUGGCCAAGUAUGAUGUGAUCGGUAGUCUAAAAUAGCUGGAAAGCCACAGAUUGCUUUUCCCACCAGACAUGAAAGGGAACUGCAUGCCCUGUAUAAUAGUUAAAAUACUAUAUUGGUCCAUAUGUAUUGUUUUCUUCUGUAACCCAUUUCCAGUUUCAAAUGAAGAUGUCUUUUUUUCCUUGCAGUGUCCUGAGUAAAGUUUGCAUAAUUAAUUUUAAAGCUAGGUAGGGUCUCUUCAAAAAAUAAGUCAAAAGAUUGAAUCUGAUGUUACUUUAUCAGUUUAAUCUUCUAAGCAUUGAAGCCCCUUUUCCAAAUUGUGUAUAAUCAUGGUAUACAAAUCAUAAAAUUAUGUUGUGCUUUAGCAUUUCACAUUCAAACAAGUGUUACAUUUCUGCACAAAUAUAUAUAUAUAUCAUUGGGAAAAACGGGGGGUGGGGGAAAAUAGCCUUGUGUAUAUUGGUUGUGUUUUCCAAUUGGAAGAAAUUAGUAAGAGGGCUAAUAGUUAAUACAAGAUGAUGCUUGCUAGUGCCAGCUAUUACUUUUACUCAACAUCUAAGCUUCUAACACCUCUUUUGCUUUUGACCUCCUGCAUUUGAUGGGAAUGAGAUUGAAUCCAUUGUAUCACUACUUUUUAAGUAGUCAAGUCAUGAUCAAAUAAAGUAUGACCCUGAAUUCUUUUCCCAGCCAGGGUUUGCCAAUCCCUUGCACUCCUUGCACUCCUGGUACUCCCAGAAGGCACCAACUUUAUUCGUGGCUGUCUUUAAAUGAGCCUUUGUGUGCAUGGGCUGCUUCGAACAACAUUCCCCCUUUUCUACAAUAUCCACUCACUGCAAACUACAGCAGAGCUUUCUAUGGUGUGGGUGGGUGGGGGGUGGGGGGUGGGGGUUACUUUAUGUAGCACUGCAGAUCUUUGGAGGGUUUAUUUUUUACAGAUGGCCUUUCAAGAGUAGAGUUAGACUACUAACUCCAGCUUGCUUUUGUUUUAUCCUGAUGAUAUUUUAAUGCUGUGAGUUGCUGAUUUCAUCAGUAGAGGUAGACAGGACAGGAAGCAAAAUUUAUCUGAAAGUUCUUGAAAGCUGAAAGAGCUGGGUAUGUUGAGUUUGGAGAAGAUUGAGGGGGAGAUGUUCAAAGUCUGCCAGAGAGGGAAAAAAAAUCUCUUUGGGAGUUAGAGAUGAAGUGAAGCAGUGAAUGGGUAGAAACUGAAGGAAGGGUUUUAUAUGAAACAUGGGCAUAAUUCUGAGGAGAGAGGAGCGGUUUCCAAGAGAUGGCAGGAAGGCUGUCUUGCUUGCAGAUAGUUAAAUUAGUUCAGAUCAGCAAGUAUUGAGGGAGAGAAACCUUCCUGAUGUGGUGCCUCUUAGGGAGAUGUUGCAUCUCACACUUGCUGUCAUCCAGUACUCCCAGAAGGCACCAGGUUGAGAAAGGCUGGGCUAGAUUAGCUGAUUCCCUUACAAGUCAGUGGACUGUAUUAAAUUAAUAUUCUGCUUUCCUAUCUAAUUUCAACCCAUGAACUUUAUUUGUGGCUGUCUUUAAAUGGGCCUGUGUGCAUAGAUGAUCCAUAGAAACGUGAGUAAACUUUUGAUGGUGUUUCUAGGGGCCAACAAAUUCUUUAGCCGACUGUCUGUCUGUAUUCUAUGACUGCCUUUGCUUUAGCACAACAGUUUCAAAGAAAUUGAUGCAAAUAACUGUGGCCUGCUUGUCAGCACAGCUUAUUUAGAAUUCAUAUUUCUGGACAUGAGUUUCCCCAAAUGCUACAGUUUCCAAGCA